AUGAGUAGUUACCUCUAAAGUACGCAGAAAAAAUUUAUCAAUCCAUCAGAAAAUAAGCACUAUUUAGGAUAUAACCCUGCAAAGCCGUGCUUAACUGAAAGAACAGCUCCUUACUCAAAUCCUAAGGGGAAUGCUUCUCUUACAUACAACUCAGUCACUCCAAAGCGAGCAGGAAUACAAGAAUAGGGCAAAAUUGGUUUAAGCAAUUUUCUUUCACCAAGAAGCGAUAAUUAUUAAAACAUUAUGCCAAAUUAAUUAAAUUAAACGUAUGCAAAUGGGACAAACCAGAGUGCCAACAAUGGCUAUUUUGUUGGGUAAAAUAUGAAAUAAACCGGUUACAGGACAGUAUUUCAAGAAGACAUCCCAUAAGCAACGAAUUAAUCAUACAAUUAUUAAAGUAACAACCCAAUUAGUCAUCAAAAUUUUAACAUAUAUUCUCGCAGUACGACCAAUAUAACACCAAAUAAAUCUAGUGAAAACAUCAACAUCGAUCGAAGCUUGGAAAGCUCACUGGAAAGAACCCGUGUUACCAACGAUAAACAGGGUGAUGAUAUAAAAAAAAAAAAGAAUGGCAAUAAUAUUAAUGCAACUAAUUAGGAAAUACUCAACAAACUUAAACAAUUGUCUAAAAAUCCAAAUGCUAAUUUUACAUAAAAUGCAGGUGGAGCAUAUAAUAAUGCAUAAACAUCUUCUUAAUCAGCUGCAAGUCAAAAUCUAUUUAAACAAUCUUCUCUGGCUCAAACAAACCAAACACUUCUCACUUCAAAUAUUAAAAACAGCAACAACAAUAACAACAAUUAAAUUCUAAAUGCAAACAAUAAUCUACCUUCUUCCUUGAACUAUGGAAAACAAAACAUUAAUAAGAACUUUCAGCAAUAAGACAAUUAGUAUAACCUUUCAUCUUAAUAAAAUAACCCAGGUGUUAACAGCAUAAAUUCAAUUCUCAGUACUCAGAAUUUAAAUAAUGUUUUGAAUAAUACAAAUUCUAAGAGAUCAGUUACACCUAAUGGAGGUGUUAUGGGCAAUCAUAAUUCUAAUGCUGGAAAUAAUUCCAAUUAGAUUUAAGAUUUAUUUAACAGAACAUAGUUAUCGAAUAAUCUCAAUGCUCACAAUAAUAAUAGCAGUGCUAAGCAGCAUGCAAUAUCACCGAUACAAUAAUAAAUGAACAGCAUCCUAUAAAAGGUAGCUACUUCCAACGCUACUGGUCUUGGUCCUUAAUUGGAAUAACAAAGACAAUCGGUUCCCAUUCUAUAAAGUUAGCUUCAGUAACAACAGCAGUAGUUUUUCAACUAAAGUAGCCAAACAAAACAAAAUAUCUAAGCAAAAUAAUAAGGGAACAUUAAUUUAGAUCGUAGAUUCACUCCUUAAUACAUCCCAUAAGAAGCUUUCAAUUAGAUUAAUGAAUAAUUAAAUUUAAAAGCACUAAAUUUAGAAGAAUAACUGAACUUAAAAAACGCUCAACAAAAUUUUAAUCCCUACAGCUCAACUCCUAAUUAAAAAAUAUAGUAAUAACUACAGCAAACUGUUCAAAAAAGACCCAAUGUAAACAGUAAUACUAAUUUAUUAAGUAAACUCUCUGCUCCUAAUUCAAACAACAACACCAAUAAUAACUUUUUCAAAAUGUUUAAUUAGCAAUAGAGAGUUUCAUCCCCAAAUAUAAAUAAUGCAAACAAUCAAAACAAUAUGAUGAUCAGAACUUCUAAGUAAAAUCAAGACGAUUUGGAUGACCAAACAGUUCGUUUAUUAACUGGAGAUGAAAGCUUAAAUGCAAUUAUAAAUAAGCUCGAUCAAAGUGGACAGUACUUAAAUUUAGAUUCGAAUAACGGAUAUCUAAAUUAAGCUAAAGGUGUUUCUAGCUCUAACCAAUUGCCUCAUAGCAAAAACACCAGCAGCAACUAAGUGACAAAUUUAACUGAUAACACCAACAAUAAUAUAAAUAAUCACCACAUUUACACCAACAGCAGCAGCAUGAACAGCUACAAUGAGAGUUAAAAUGAAUUGAGCUAAGAGAAUUUAAACUAGUAUCUGAUUAAUAAUAACAAUAAUAAUACAGGAGUGAAUUCUUAGAAUAAUUUAUCAAGAGACAAUCAGUCGAGCAACAGAUAACUUGUUAACAAUAUUUAGAACAAAUAAGAACAUGAGAAGCUGAUGAUGAAACUACUUCAAGAAAAGCUUGGAGAGAAUUGCAGCCAAUAUCUUAUGAAUUAACAAAAUAAUUAACAAUAAAUUUCACAAAAGUAAUAUCAUUCUUAGGGAUUGCCAAAUUCAGCUUAGAUGCAAUAAUUAUAACUUUAACAGUAACUUGAUCUUGCUCAAUUUUAAGAAAAUGAAACACCACGUAAAGUUAACAAAAGUGUUCCGAUGGCAACAACUGCAAACCAAGGAUAGCAUUACAAAGUCUCAGACAUCAUGAAGGAGCAAACUAAGAAAAACAAUUCUAGUAGCAAUUAGAAUAGAGGCGGAUUAUAAAAAUAAAUUAUGGAAUAGAUUCUUUAAAGUAAAAUUGGAUAAUCUGGCUUGAGUAACUAAUAAUCAGUGCUCCCUAUGACUCCAAAUUAAAUUUUAAAACAAUAACAGCAAUAAGCAAACAUGUUGUUGGAAUCUGCUAAUUAAAUUGAAAAUGAAAUAUAAUAGAUCUGGUUAUAAUAGUAGCAAUAAUAAUAGUAAAAUCAGCUGCCUGAUUAAAUUUCUAAUUAUUAAAUAUCAGCUCCAAUUAAUGCUUUGCAGUAAUAGUCCUAGGGUAUUCCUUUAGUAGAUUAUCAAGUUGUAGAAGACUAUGAAAGCAAUGAAGGCAAUAGCAAUAAUCUCAGCUCUAACAAAUUAGUUGGCUACUAAUAAGAAAUAAUGAACACUUAACUUUAAUAACCCUAGUUAAACGAAUAAGAAUAUUCUUCUGCAGAUCUAAAUUAAAUAUCAAAUUAGCAGUAAUAGAUUCCAUAACCUUUCAGUAACAACUAAAAUGCAUUCUAAAACUAAAACAACACCAAUAGCACAGAACCUAUUGACUUUGACGAGUUCUAGAAUUACAAUUAAUCACCUAACGUUCAAUUUGGUUAACAAUAAUAUCAAAUUGAGAGUGAAGAAUAAUAGCAAAAGUAAGGCGUAGAUUAAUAGCAAUAAUUUUUGUAACAAUUACAAUAAUAUCAAUAAUAACAAUAAUAAUUUUUAUAAAAAAAUAGUAAUAAUCCACUUACUUCUGCUUUGCUACAAAAUUAAUAAUAGAUAUAUUAAUUAUAAUAGCAAUAGUAAUUUUAAUAAUAAUAGCAACAACAUUUGUAGUAUAUGUAAUAAUAACAAUAUUUCAAUAAUCCAAAUGAUAUUGCUAAGUUAGCUUAGUAAAAAUUGUUAUCACAGUAGUAAAUUUAUGCAAAUUAACUUAAAUCUUAAUCUAAUUCUAUGAAUUAAGGCUCAGCGGCUCUCUAAACAAGUGCUAGUCAACUGUUGUAAAUUGCUAACUAACAAAAGCAGUAAUUAUAAUAAUAAUUGCUCUAAAAUAAUCUUAUGAUGUAAUAAAAUAACAUUCAACAAUAAGGCUUAUCAAAGCAAAAUUUAGGACAACUAAAUAAUCUUUAAAUAUAACAAUUUUAAAAUUAGAAUAUUUAAUAAAAUGUAAACAAUAAUGCAAAUUAAGGUGAAAUCAUUUUAGGGUGCACAGAUGGUACUAAGUAGCUUAAUCUUAAUGAUGAAAGCAUAUCAUCGACAUCAUCAUCUAAAUCUUAAAAUAACAUUCUAAAUAAGUAAUAACCUAAUUUAUAGUAGGUGGUUGCUUAACAAGAAGUUCCAAAAAUAGAAGUAGAAAAACUUAAAUAGAUUCUAUCAAUUUCUUUGUAAGUUGAAGAAUGUCUUUUCGAGUUGCUUCAAAACAGAGAAUUCGACUAUUAAGCUAAAUAUCUAAUUAAAUAUUACCAGUUAAUGCAAGAUAUUGCUUCGUUACAAAGUUUACCCAUCAGCAAGAUACAGAUGAAAGAAAUUCAAAGAUCAAUCAACAUGCAGAUAGUUCUUAUUCAAAUAAUUAUUUAUGAACACAUAGUAGUUAUUAAGUAGCUUAGGGAGUCCGUAAGAGGAACAGUAAGUAUGAAUGAGAACCUUCAAAAUAUUUUGAAUUCAUUCCAAUAUGUUCACUCGAGCUUUAUUUUAAUCCUAAUUCUAUUUGAAUAAGCAGUUCAAUACUUGAAAGACCAAGGAGAAAAGUAACUCGAAUAAUUAGAUUUAUCAGGCAUUAGCAAUGUGAUCAAAGAACGCACCAAAAAGAGAAAAAUGGGUUUCUUGAUUAAAAAUUAAGAUAAAAUAUCAAUUCUGAAAAAGUUCAACGAUAUUUUGCAACCAUUAAUCCAAAUAGUAAUUGAGGGAUAAAUUGAACUUUAAGAAGAAAAUAGAAAUUCACAUACUCUUUAUGAAGAUCUCUAUCAAAUACAAGAAAAUAUCCCAAAUUUGUAGAUUUAACAAAUCUUAGAUUUCAGCUCUAAGCUCUCAAACGAAAAUGUUCAAUUCAUGAAGGAUGAAGUUUCAAGACUCUAAAUAGUAUAAGAAAGAAAAAGUAUUUAAAAGUAAUUGGAAUUGGAAUUCUAAAAUCAUCAAAGUGAAUCUGACAAUAAGUCUUCUAAUCAAAACCUCAAUUCAAGUUCUUAAUAGCAAAAUUAAGCUAAAUAGAGUCAAAAGUAGGCAGAAAGUUAAAAAUCAAAGCAAGAAAAAUCAGAGCUUAAUGAUAAUAGUCAAAAAUAGUAAAAUUAAUCUUAAAACCAGGAUGAGAAAUAGUAGCAAUAAUAAAAGAGACAAGAAGCUUCAUAACAAUCUGAUAACAAUUAAAAGCCAUAAAAUUAACAAAUUGAAGAAGAUGAUCUAGAAGAUUUGAGCUAUAAAAAUCCUAAUAGUAAAAGCAAACCUGAUUAAGAAGAGAAUAAUAGCUCUUCUUAUCAAGAAAGCUCUAUAAUUGGAACUGUUCAACCUCCUUAUUUGAAAGAUUCUCCUUAAAAACCAUACACUCUUGUUAUAGAUCUUGAUGAAACCUUAGUUCACUACCAAGAACUUGAUGAUGGUGGCUAAUUUUUAGUAAGACCUUAUGCAGAAACUUUCUUGGAAGAAAUGUCAGAAUAUUAUGAAAUAAUUAUAUUCACAGCAGCUCUUCAGGAUUAUGCAGAUUUUAUUCUUGAUAUCAUUGAUUCUAAGAAAUCAAUUUCAUAUAAGUUAUAUCGUUAGCACACUGUAACCUAUCAAAACUCUUAUAUUAAAGACUUAUCGAGAAUAGGAAGAGAUUUGAAUAAAAUAAUAAUUAUAGAUAACUUACCUGAAAACUUCAAGCUUUAGCCUGAAAACGGAAUCUACAUUUAGUCUUGGUAUGGAGAAUCAGAAGACAGAGCAUUAUAUGACCUAACUCCUCUUUUAAAAUAAAUUGUGAGAAAGAAAUUCCGCACAGUGUAAUCUGCAUUGAAGUAAUUUAGAGAUAAAAUUGAGACUAACUUAAAGAAAGGAAUGUCUGAACCUCACUUAAACUUAUCUUUAGAAAUAUUUUCUGGGGAUGAGGAUGAUUAAUAGCGUUGA